AUGGCGUCACAGCUGGAUGACGAUCUAUAUUCCAAGCUUAUAGGCAGUAAUGCAACUCAUGAUGGUCUUCUCAAUCAUUCAGAACUCGCUAGACUGCUACACCUUCAACUCUCUGGAAAUUCGUUGGACUUUUCACAAAUUCUCUAUGGAGCACCCAAAGAAGUCAGUCAAAGUAAUCUAGAUAAUAUACUUACAGAUGCUACUUCAAGCUCGACGCGUCAGGAAGGCCAUCCUGGUGAUGCUUUUAUGGAAGAAGGUGGCAACAUUGAUGAUGAAGCUCUACCACCUGAAUAUCGAUCAGCUCAACGUGGCAAAGUCUGUGGACAUAUAUUUAAGAAGGGAGAAGGUGUCUAUCGUUGCAGAGAUUGCGCACUUGAUGCUACCUGUGUAUUCUGUGAUCGAUGCUUCCAUGGAUCAAAUCAUGAAGGCCACGAUACUUCGUUUGCGCUGUCAGGUAGUGGGGGUGGAUGCUGUGACUGUGGAGACCCAGAAGCUUGGAAGGUUCCUAUAGACUGUAAAUACCAUUCCACAACUGGUGUUGAUACUUCCCAUACUACAGACGACGAAUCAGCUGGUCUUCCAAUCACUACUCCACUACCUCGUGAACUCGUGGAUUCCAUAACGAAAACAAUAACCACGGUCAUGGAAUUCAUAUUACAAACAUUUUCUAGAUCGUACUGGAAACCGUACUUGCCGCCUGACGCCAUGAGAUUUCAGCCAGUGUCUAUACCUGGAGAUAAUGCAAAGAAUGAUGUAUGGGCAAUCAUUUUGUGGAAUGAUGAAGUACAUUCGUUUAAUGAUGUCAUUGAUGUGGUAUCAGAUGCUAUAAGUGUUACUCGUGAUGAGUCUAGGAGGGUAGCUGAAGCUGUUGAUCUCGAAGGUCGAGACAUUAUAUUUACUGGUACAGACAAGGAGCGAAUGAGACAAAUGGCUGCCGUCAUUCAUCGUAUAGGUCUUGAUGUCACAGUACAACCGCUCCAGUUUACAAAUCAAGAAAAAAUAGCAGGCAAAUGUAUAGAAUGGCUUGAUGCAUUAUUGUCGAUUGUCCUCACUCAUCCUGUAAAAGUAAAUGGGAUCACCUAUGAAGCACCUGAACCCAUAGUCCGACAAAAGAUUUGUGAAAUAUUAUGUAGUGAACCACUCACACCGAUAAGUCGAAUGGAAGAUCGAUAUCAUCUUGGACCAGAAGGUGCUCCCAAUGUAAAUGAAAUAUCGUCCACGCCAACUCGUCUAGACUAUUUAUUAUUAUAUGAUGUCAAAAUGUGGAAGGGCCUUCGUAAGACUCUCCAUGAAUUCUUUAUCGGAACUCUGAUUGUCAGUGGUGAUGAAUUCAAACGAAUAUUAGCAGAACGAUUUGCCUUGUGUUAUACGAAAUUGACUGAACAUGGCAUUACCAUUGAUCGGGAAGUCGACUUGUCGGUCAUUUCCCUAUCUGUGCAAUUAUUCACAGUGCCCACUAUUGCACGACACUUGGCUUUGGAUACCACCAUCAUCAGUGAUAUGCUACUAUUCUUAUACAAUCUAUUUCGAGCUGAUGGUGGUCAGCACAGAACUACUCGAUUACAAAUACAUAAUGUCAAGCGGAAUAUUGACGAUGAAGUGUUUGCUUCUCGUACAGUAUUCCCGCCAACUGUACUACCAGCGAACUUGUAUACAUUAAAGCAUUCUAGGACAUAUGGUCAAGUCAUGCACGAUAUGUCAUACUUGUUAUCAAACAAGACCAUACGAAUGGAGUUAUUCCAAUCGAAUCAUAAUAUAAUGGAUUUAUUCAGAUUCGUAAAAUUGUUUGCUAUAGGUCAAGGUCUUGAUCCACAGACUCGAGCAAUCACUCAACAUGUAGAAUUUGAAGGUGACGACUGGGUCAAUGCCUUCAACCUGUCAUUAAAGAUGUCGCAACUAAUGCCAUAUGUCGCUGGUUGCUUUGCACCUUUUGGCCGUCAAGAUAUUAGCUCGCUUGAGCAAGCUCUUGCGUAUACAGCAUCGGUAUUGGUGUCUCCUGCCGCUCAAACGCGAGAUAAUAUAGCCGAUGCCUCGAAAUGGUCUCUUAUAAAUAGUGAUGGAGAAUUUGGGCCGUAUAUAAUUCCUCGAUAUCAAGUAUCAACCAAACCCAUAUCGCUACAUCAUCCAUUACACUGGUUUUUGUCUCUACUCUUGAACUAUCUUCCCGUCGCAACCAAAAAUAGGUCUGACGGCAAAGAUGUGCUAGUGCGUGCUUUGACGAGCCAAUUCCCAACUAAUCCAGCUUUCUACUCAGUACCCGUUGGAUUUGAUAAGGUAUCUGUGACGAAAACCGAGAUAUUGAGUUUGGUAUUUGAGGAACCAUUACGAGUCAUGGCCAUGCUUGCCCAAGUGCAAGCUGGUCUAUGGGUUCGUAAUGGAUAUAUGCUUCGAGCUCAAACAUAUCACUAUGAAGAGUUAGAGCUUCGUGAAGAAGGGCAUGACCAAGAUAUGUUCCUGCUCCAAACAGCAGUAAUCGCUCUAGGUCCCGAUAGAUUCAUGCUGCAAGCUCUACACCGAUUCGAGUUAUGGGAUUGGCUCGUCACACCUCAUAUUACCAUGGCGAUGCCACCUGGAUUUGAUAAAACCAAGUUUGGCCUGCUUGCUGAAGACUUUUUACGUAUGCUCAUCAUCAUGUUGACUGAGAGAGCAUUGUGUUGCAUGGGAUUGGAUGGCUUUGGUCCUGAAAAUGAAAUCAGGAGAGAAUUGAUUCAUCAUUUGGGAGCUGCCAAGAAUGGAUUGCCACACUCGGCUGUCAUUGCUCGAGUGCCUGAUCGUCUUGUUGAUCCUCAUGAGUUGAAUGAUGGAUUGUAUAGCAAACCAACUCGAUCUGUAGAUGACAUCUUGGCUGAUAUUUCCAACUUUAAAUACCCAGAAGGUGUCACAGAUCAAGGACUGUAUGAGCUCAAGUCACAAUACUAUGAGCAAAUUGAUCCUUGGUUCUGGCACUAUACUCGAGAACAACGUCAAAAGAUUGACGAGAUACUCCGAAAUCGAAUGGAAAACUCUAAAUCAUCGAAUAUAAAGAAUAGUUGGAUCCCAAUUCCUCGUAUAAUACCAAUACCUCCAACCAGUCCAUUUGGUGACUUGCUAUUGCUUACCUCCUCGAGUCUCUUUAUAAGGAUUGUAUUCAAUUGUAUUGCUAUUACUACCAUGCCGCAUAUUGUUGGCUCCUUGUCACGUCCAUUCCGAAAUGAGAAUCUAUUGUCAUCAGCAUUGCAUCUAGUAAUGAUUGGACUGUCUGAUCCACGAACUCGUGACGAAUUCUCUCGAAAAGUAGCAGUAAUGACAUUGUCCGAUUCACCGACGUCUCCAACCUUUUUGAAACUGGUAACUAGAUUUGCCGAACAGUUGGGUGUAGGCUCGCUACAACCUGCACUCAUACAAUCACAACGAGAAGAAUUCAGUGAUCAACUAGGUCGUGUAGAAUGGAUUAUAGACCAGUUGAGUCAGACACUCGCUACUCAAAUAGCUGAAUGGAGAGCUCGUGCUGCUGAACGUCAAGCAACUUCCGCCGACCAACACCAACAGCAAACUGUAGAUAGGCAAGCCACAAACUCGACAUUCGCUUCCGACACUAUAUUGACUGAAGCUGAACGUAAAAAGCAGGCUGCAAAGGCUCGUCAGGCUGCCAUCAUGGCUCAAUUUGCUAAACAGCAAAAAUCAUUUAUGGAUAAACAUUCCAGUCAGAUGGAUGUUGAUGAUGUAGAAGAUGAACGAGAUGGUGAGGAGGAUGACGAUGCAGCUGCUGAAGAGUCAUCAGCUUCCGCUGUCCCAAUGGCAGAUGAUGAGAGGAUUUGGGAGUUUCCUAAAGAUAAUUGUAUAGUAUGUCAGGAACCAACGUCCGGUCGACUUUAUGGCACGCUGUGCUUACUUCAAAAGAGCUCCAUGCUACGUCAAGUUGACUUUGCUGAUAUUGAUAAUGUGAUGGACGUGUUGAAUAAAGUACAAGGCUCCUUGGAUUCUGGUCCUUUAGAACCAGCAGAUAUGGCCAUACCUACCUCACCGGGUACUCCAUCUGGUAGUAAAUCAGCUAAAACGAGUGGUACUAGUACCAGUGGUGAGACUUCCAAGCCCUUCCAAGCAAUAGAUUAUAGGCUUGCCGAGGCCGGAUUCUUUAUAUCGACAUGUGGACACUUGAUGCACACUACAUGCUUUGAAUCGUAUAUCGCAUCAAUUCAUACUCGUCAUGAAAGUACCCACAUCCGUCGUCUUGAACCUGAGGAUCUACGACAACAGGAAUUCUUGUGUCCAUUAUGUAAGACUCUAGGUAACUGUCUCGUGCCACUAGCCUUCCCAGAAGCCAAAGAAAAGGUAUUAUGGGGCAAUGACAUGGACGCAGCAUCAUAUGAAACUCAAUUAGAAGGAUGGUGGAAGGAACACGAAGAUCCUAUUACUAAAUCUUUGGCAGGUCCUCCGUCAUUUGAAAAGGCUCUUAGAGCUGUAACGCCUGAGCCAGGUCCAUUAUCGUGGCUUUCUACUGCUCGAGCCGCCACGUCGUUGCUCUCCAGAUUUACGGACAUGUUGAGGUCUAGGAGGUCUGACGAGCAAACUACAAAUAUCGAAGAGUCGUUAGCCAAACACUAUUUUGAGCACUUGAUACCUCACGCCUGGGACGGGAUUUAUGAUUUAGAGUCUGAACCGGAUUUAGAGGCAUCCGAUUUGAUGCUUUUGCCUGAAACAAUAUAUUAUACCAUUGCUGUGUUGGAACUAGCUACACGAGGGUUACCUCCUCCAACUCUUGAUGGCUUCCGUACCAACAGGUAUAAAUCUAAACCAAUACAUCGGAUUGGUGUAGUUGACUCCAUGUCGUCUGGUCAAAUCAUGUUACUUCGGCAGUUAUGCAAUACCCAUGACAUCGUUGCUGAAUUCAUGGCGCAAGGUCGAGGAAGUGCUCAAAAUCCAGCAAUAAUGGCCAGACGAGCACUGCAUACAUUAUUAGAAGGUGUGUUGGGACCAUAUCAAUGGGAGUCAGAGAGCGGAUGGGAGGAUGGUCAAGAGUUUGAAAAGCAGGUAUGGACAGCUGCUCAUGGCGGUUUCUGGCAAGUUGUCGGUAUGAGUCUCUUUUUGAAGUCAUCCGAUGUAUUUGGAGAAGAUCCUCGUAUCAUGGCUGGGUUAUCGUAUGUGAGAGAGGUUGUACGCUGUUGUACUGUAUUCACCGAAAGUAUCUUGGUCAAGAAACAGUCGUGGAUCCACGAUACUCGAGUCUCGUCAUUCGCGACAUCCCCCUUACCAACUGAAGCAGACCCAGUUUUGACAUUCAUGUCUUGGCUUGCUCAACAACUAUUUGACGAAUCUCAGUUGGGCCCUGACUGGCAAACUCGACUCUAUCAAAUAAAUCCGCAAGUAGUAGUUGCUAUCUUGGAACGUAUCAUGUUGGUAUUCCUCAGGAGGACAGCUAUACUCUUUGAUGCUAGAUUCAAAUUGAUUCCAGCAGGUGGCCCAAAUGGAUUCGGUCUUGAUAAAGUUGACUUGGACUCUAUGGAUGAACAGGAGGAUGAGAAUCUGGACGAUUACGCAGCUGAAAAGAGUGAGAGUGAACGUCUUUUGUCAUAUCUCGCUCUGCCGAAUGUACGAGAUGUCUUUGUCUUAUUGACACGAGACUCGAACUCCUUGAUGCAUCGUCUCGUAACAGGAUGGGUCGUUCAAAUAAAGAAGGCGCAAGCUCAAACGCCGGUAUCCUCAACCUCCACUAGUAAUGAAGGCGUACAUCAACCAGCACCAUCAACAGAUAACGUAGAUGCUGCUGCUGGUAGUAAUGAUGGCGAUAUCGGUCCUACUGAAAUAACUAAUAUAUUUGUUGCUGCCACGACGACCACUACAACACAAACACCCGCAGCUGGAAGAAGAUUGACUGCUUUAGCAGAACAACAGCAUCAGGAAUUCUAUGACGACCAGUCUGCCAUGUCGCUUCCAUCACCUCUACCAUUUACACUUGUGACACUACCUCGUCGCGGUGAAGCACUUUUACAGGAGUCUACUCGACGUAUAUGUCCCAACUGUAAAACUUUGCCAUCUGAACCCGCCAUAUGCUUAUUAUGUGGAACUACUGUAUGUGUACAGAGUAUGUGCUGUAUGGAGACAGAUUCUGUACGAGGAGAAUGCAAUUCACACUUGUUUCAUUGUGGGAGAGAUUUGGGUGUCUUUCUCAUUAUCAAGCGUGCUGCUGUCAUGGUAUUGAGGUCCAACAAUCGAGGGUGUAUGGUGAACUCGCCUUAUUUGGAUGCCCAUGGAGAAGAAGAUCCUGGAUUCAGGCGAGGCAAACCAGUGUUUUUGAAUGCCAAACGCUACGACGAGUUACGCAAGCUGGUUGUCAGCCAUGGGGUGUCCAAACAUAUUGCGCGACGGUUGGAGAGCAUAUAUGAUGCUGGAGGUUGGGUAAAUAUGUAA